GUCGACCCUAGCAACUCAGUCAUGCGCAAAACUUGCUUUCAAAGUUCAAUGUCUGCUUUAAAGGAAGUUGCACGUGCAUUCCCUAUGGUAGCGCUGAAUGAUACAUGGACCAAGUUGGCUGUUGGUGAUGUGAUUGGAGAGAAAAACAAUGCUAGCAUUCGGGUGUAUGACAUGCAAAGUAUUAUAAAGAUAAAAAUUUUGGAUGCAAGCGGACCUCCCGGACUUCCAAAUUUGCUUGCGGCCAGUUCAGAAAUGAAACUAGUUACUGCAAUUUCAGCUUUGAACUUCUCCCCAGAUGGAGAGGAGUUGGUUGCUUUUUCGGAGCAUGGGUUGAUGAUCAGAUGGUGGUCAUUGGGAUCUGUGUGGUGGGAGAAACUGAGUCGAAAUUUAGUUCCUGUCCAGUGCACAAAAUUAAUCUUUAUUCCCCCUUGGGAGGGAUUCUCACCUAAUUCUACGAGGUCAAGCAUAAUGGCAAGCAUUAUGGGACAUGAUGGGCAAGCCAAUAUCCAGGAGAAUGCAAAAGGUUUGAGUCAGGCGGACAAUUUGAAACUAUUGAUUCAUAAUCUCGAACUAUCUUAUCGACUAGAAUGGGUUGGUGAACGAAAAGUACAUCUUACGAGGCAUGGCCAUGAGUUAGGCACUUUCCAGUUGUAAGCCUCCUGUCAUGCCAAUUCUACUGAACAAGCUAGACAAAGUUUUCAUGGACAGACAAAGUUUGACAGCUAUUGACCAUAGCAAGUUCUUUAGCGGGAGUUUUCUCGAUGACAAUUAAGUUCACCUGCCUGGACCUCAUUCCUGUCACAAGUACUUCAAGCACCUUCUCUUCUGCAGUUUGAAUCAUGUUGGAAAGGUGUCUUAUUCUAUACCAUAUGUGAGAACAUCACAGUUGCAGAAAGAGCAUCAACACAAUACGGUUAGCCAGCAGCUUAGAUUUGUUUAGGCAAUGAAGUGGAGUGUACAUUUAUUCAUAUAUUUGUAGGGUCAGAAAAGGGAAGGCAGGGGAGACUACUCAAUCGCAUGUUUUUGUUUUGGUAUAGGAAACUUUCCAUUGUAUAGUUUGCU